UGUUUAUUUUACUUGUAUAUCAAAUAUUUCUAACUGUAAGUGUACAUAUUGUUGAAAGAUCAUUUACGCUAUUGUUUUAUCACAAUCUCACACAUGCAUUUCACUCAUUUACAUGUGUAUAUAUGCGUGCUUAAUGCGAGCUACUUACCCUAUGCGCCAACAAGCCAAUGGUGCGUUGUCGAAUUUUGGCACAUUCAGUCCGAUUCGGUCGAUUGCCUAAGCAAAAUGGUCGUAACUUGUGAUAUUCAAUUCAACCAGAAUGAGUGCGGUACUUAUUUCGCUGGCCAAUUGGUGGAUGGCUCGGUGGUGCUAGAGGCCGAUAAGCCCAAAAAUGUUAAAGCUGUAAUAUUGAAUAUAUCCGGAUUUGCUAUUACAAAAUGGCGAGAAAAACGUUUUGGUAGAAGACGAAACUUUUCCGGACGUGAGGAUUACAUGGAAUCCAAAACAUAUCUAAUGGGAUCGGAAACAAGUCAAAAUUUUACAAUACAAACCGGUAAGCAUACAUAUAAUUUUGCCUGCAAGCUACCAGAGAAUUGUCCGACAUCAUUUGAGGGCCUCCAUGGUUGCGUUCGGUAUAUAGUCAAAGUUACACUACUGAUACCUUGGAAAUUCAAUCAGACUUAUACACGUGGCUUCACGGUGAUGAAAAUGCUCGAUCUUAACUAUGAAUCGCCGCAAUUAAAAAUUCCAAUAACUUCAGAGAAUUAUCGUUUAUACUGCUGUGGACCCUGCAAAACGGAGCCGCUAAAAAUGCAAAUACAAUUACCGCAGGCCGGUUAUGUGCCCGGACAGCGUAUACCCAUCAAUGCGCUAGUAAUCAAUAACACCAACAUACCAGUUGCCGAAGUGCAUUAUGCGCUCAUAAUGUUGGUUCGGUAUUCUAGUCCGGCGCCAGCUGUAAACUCAUGCCUCGAACGUAUUACCAUGACGACGGCGAAGAGUGAGUCUGUGCUGCGUAAAUGUACGCGAUCGCUGACGCAAGAAUUGCUUGUACCAGCCACACCACCAACCUGCUUGCGGUCGUGUAGUAUUAUACGCAUUUCCUAUCAGUUGGAGGUCGAGGCACGAAUGAAGGGUUGGUAUUCUAGUCAAACCAUUACAAUUCCCAUUUUUAUUGGAAAUGUGCCAUUGUGGCAAACACCACCAAUUAUACAACAACAACCACGCAGUAGUCGUAUGCCGGCGCUCAGUGAGGAAGCGCUCUUACAGGGUGGUGAAUCGACCGAUAAGGGCGAACAGCAAGCUGUGACAGACGUAGAGGUUGAGCAAAAUAUUGCAGUAACAGAUGUUCAGUUACCAACAGAUAUUUAUCCGGAAUUACCACCACCCAGCUACGAGGAGUCUACGCACACGUUGCGAGGCGAUGUAAAUGAAGAUGACUUACACGCAUUUGGACCAUGUGAAUUUGCGCCAUUAUAUCCAGUAUAUGCUCUACCCUUAACAUUGGCACCAACCGCGCCAGUUACACCGGAAACAACACGUGGAGCUUAUAUAAACCAAAAUUUCGAAAAUGAUAAAAUGUAAAAAAAUCGCUUUCGAACAAAACGAUAUUAUGGUUAUUUGCUUUAAUUUCAUAAAUGUACAUAUACAUAUGUAUAUGAAAAUGUGCGUAUAAGCUUUAAACUUACUAUUUUUAAAAAAUACUAAUUAUUUUUGCACACAUCCAUACGUGAGAUUAAUAAAUAUAUUUUAAUAUAACCCAGAA